AUGGCUGAGCAGCAGACUCCUACCUUCAAGCUUGUGCUUGUCGGUGACGGUGGUACCGGCAAGACCACCUUUGUCAAGCGUCACUUGACUGGUGAAUUCGAGAAGAAGUACCUUGCUACCCUCGGUGUCGAAGUCCACCCUCUCGGCUUCUCUACCAACUUUGGUCAGAUUCAGUUUGAUGUCUGGGAUACCGCCGGUCAGGAGAAGUUCGGUGGUCUCCGUGACGGUUACUACAUCAAUGGCCAGUGCGGUAUCAUCAUGUUCGAUGUUACCUCGCGCAUUACCUACAAGAACGUUCCCAACUGGCACCGUGAUCUCGUCCGUGUCUGCGAGAACAUUCCCAUUGUUCUCUGCGGUAACAAGGUCGACGUUAAGGAGCGCAAGGUCAAGGCCAAGACCAUCACUUUCCACCGCAAGAAGAACCUUCAGUACUACGACAUCUCCGCCAAGUCCAACUACAACUUCGAGAAGCCCUUCCUGUGGCUCGCCCGCAAGCUCGUUGGCAACCCCCAGCUUGAGUUCGUCGCUGCCCCUGCCCUGGCUCCUCCCACCGCCCAGGUCGACAAGGACCUUCUUGCCAAGUACGAGGAGGAGAUGAACCAGGCCGCCACCACUGCCCUGCCCGAUGAGGGCUCCGAUGACGAUCUGUAA